UAAAGUCAGGACCGCUCUCCAUCUAAAACCUAAGACCCAAAAGACUGUUUUUUUUUAAAUCGGUUUUGUCGCCGCCCCUCGUCUCACAAACACAAAGGAAGAAGAAGAAGAAUAUGGAAGGGAUCAAGCUCUCUUUCCCACCGGAGACUCCGCCGCUUUCAGUAAUCGCUGCUCUCUCCCUCUCAUCUUCUCCGGUAACCAUCGACUCCUCCUCCUCCGCAACCGCCGUCCCUACUUUCGUUUUCUCCGACGGGCGAAAACUGAGUGGGACAUCAGUUCUUCUCCGGUACGUUGGUCGAUCAGCGAAGUCUCUUCCUGGGUUUUACGGCCACGAUGCUUUCGAAUCUUCACAGAUUGAUGAGUGGGUAGAUUACGCUUGUGUCUUCUCCUCUGGCUCAGAGUUUGAGAAUGCUUGCACUCGCGUUGAUAAGUACCUUCAGAGUGGCACCUUUCUUGUUGGUCAUUCUCUUUCCAUUGCCGAUGUUGCUGUUUGGUCAGCUCUUGCUGGAUCCGGUCCAAGAUGGGAGAGUUUGAGGAAAUCUAAAAAGUAUCAGAACUUGGUCAGAUGGUUCAACUCAAUAUCGCUCGAGUACGCAGAGCCACUCAACAAGCUAGCUACAUAUACUGCGAAGAAGCCUUCAGGGAAGGCUGUUUCUGCUGCACCAAGGUCCAAGGACCAACAAGCAGACAACGUCAACGACAAAGGAAAGCCUGAAGUGGACUUGCCAGGUGCAGAACUCGGAAAAGUCAAACUCCGUUUCGCCCCGGAGCCAAGCGGCUACCUCCACAUCGGCCACGCCAAGGCCGCCCUUCUGAACAAGUACUUCGCCGAGCGGUACCAAGGGGAAGUCAUCAUCCGCUUCGACGACACAAACCCCGCCAAAGAGAGCAACGAGUUCGUCGAAAACCUCGUCAAGGACAUCGGUACCUUGGGGAUCAAGUACGAGCGCGUGACCUACACUUCCGACUACUUCCCCGACCUCAUGAACAUGGCCGAGAAGCUCCUGCGCGAGGGGAAAGCCUACGUGGACGACACGCCGAGGGAGCAGAUGCAGAAGGAGAGGAUGGACGGGAUCGAUUCCAAAUGCAGGAACCAUACCAUCGAGGAGAAUCUUAACCUCUGGCGAGAGAUGAUCGCUGGAAGCGAGAGAGGGUUGCAGUGCUGCGUCCGCGGGAAGCUGGACAUGCAAGACCCCAACAAAGCUAUGCGUGACCCUGUUUACUACCGCUGCAACCCUAUGUCUCAUCACCGUAUAGGGGACAAGUACAAGAUCUAUCCGACGUAUGACUUCGCUUGUCCCUUUGUGGACUCCAUUGAAGGGAUAACGCACGCGCUUCGGUCGAGUGAGUAUCAUGAUAGGAAUGCUCAGUACUAUAAGGUUCUGGAGGAUAUGGGGUUGAGGAGAGUUGAGAUUUAUGAGUUUAGUAGGUUGAAUCUUGUUUACACGCUUCUUAGUAAGAGGAAGCUUCUCUGGUUUGUUCAGCAAGGGUUGGUUGGUGGGUGGGAUGAUCCACGGUUUCCUACGGUCCAAGGCAUUGUUCGAAGAGGUUUGAAAAUCGAGGCACUGAUUCAGUUCAUUCUAGAACAGGGUGCUUCAAAGAAUCUAAACUUGAUGGAGUGGGACAAGCUUUGGACUAUUAACAAGAAGAUAGUUGAUCCUGUGUGUCCUAGACAUACGGCUGUGGUUGAAGAGAGGCGUGUGCUGUUGACAUUAACCGAUGGUCCUGAUGAGCCGUUUGUCCGGAUGAUACCAAAGCACAAGAAGUUUGAAGGCGCUGGAGAGAAGGCGACCACUUUCACCAAGAACAUAUGGAUUGAGGGAGCUGAUGCGAGUGCCAUCUCUGUUAACGAGGAAGUGACUUUGAUGGAUUGGGGAAACGCCAUUGUGAAGGAAGUCACAAAGGACGAGGAGGGUCGUGUCACUGCGUUGUCUGGCGUUCUGAAUCUCAAAGGGUCUGUUAAGACUACAAAGCUGAAGCUGACAUGGCUUCCAGAGACUAAUGAGUUGGUUAAGCUCACGUUGACAGACUUUGAUUAUUUGAUCACCAAGAAGAAGCUAGAGGAAGAUGAUGAGGUUGCUACUUUUGUGAAUCCUUACACGAAGAAGGAAACGUCGGCACUUGGUGAUUCUAAUAUGAGGAACCUGCAGCGUGGUGAUGUGAUUCAGCUUGAGAGGAAAGGCUACUACAGAUGUGAUGUGCCUUUUAUCAAGUCUUCAAAACCUAUCGUCUUGUUCUCAAUCCCAGAUGGAAGGCAACACCAGCCAUUGGCUGCUAAUUGACUUUUCCCAUUUUAUGAAACUUGUAUUAAUGAAUUUGCCAAAAAAAAAAUCUCUGUUUAAGACAAGAAUCUUCUUUGCUUUUAGUUUUAAGUACAUCUUUUGUUACAAUGGAGCAACAAAACAAAGAAGAAGAAAAAGAUUGUGUUGUGUU